CGUUCUUUAUACAUCUAAUUAGUUGUAACGUUAUACAUACAGUCAUUUUGAUGUUUUCUCAAUUAAUGCUAUGAUUGUUAAGUUGUGUAUAUUGUUUACGAUAUUUUCUAAGUGUCUUACACAGGAUAUUUCUAUGUGUUAUUGCGAUGAAGGUUGUUCCUGUACUGAAAGCUGUGGAACAAAUGAAAUGGAAUAUUCAAUCUGGAAUGAAGAAAUUCAACUCUGUCCAAAUGAAUUAGUUUGUUGUUUAACGCUCAAUUAUCCUCAACCUGAAGAUUUGAAUUUAGAUCCUUCUUCAUCAAGAAUUUACAAGGAAAAUAUUAUCUUGAUAGCCAAGGACGUGGAAAAGGAGGUAAGGGAAGCAGCUGAACUAAUUCAAAAAUUAAGAGGAGAAAUGUUAGGCAAAUAAAGUGUUCUAUUUCAAAAUAGUUUUAUUCAAAAGUAAUUUUAUUUAGAUACUCCUUUUUAUAGUAUAACAAUUAACGUGUAAUCAUCUUGUAUCGAGAAAACUGGUUAAUAUCAAUCAAAACAGUACUUUUAUAAAUUGGAUUUUUUCAAACAUAAUGAGUUCGAGGAAAUAGCUGUUGUUAUUAAUAGGAAAUUUCCGAAGGACUCUCAUCGCAAACUUUUCUCAUUUUUAUUUCGAAAUAAAACGUUUAUAAUUGGAA